AUGGAGGGGUCAGCUGCAAAAAAGAAACCGGGAUAUGGACAUCACAAAAAAGACUGCAGCAGUGAUGAGAUUACUCAUCCCAAGAAAUUGAAUGGCUCCUCAGCAGAGACACCGAGCUACCAGAACCUGCACCGUGAGCUGAUGCUCAGCCACAAACGAGGUUUGCUGCUGGAAGAGAAACCGGAGCUGAAGCGAGUGUUGGAGCAGCGCAGGCUGGAGCUGCACAAAGAGGAGGAGAUGGCACGACGGCGGCCCUCAGAUCUGGAGACGGAGCUCAGGAAGAGGCAACAGAAACUCCAAGAGUAUGAGCAGGAGGAGAUCAGGCAGCGGGAGAACGAGCAGAAGAUCCCAGAGUUUGUGCGUGUGAAGGACAACCUGAGGCGAACACAAACAUUUGAACAGUGA